AUGGCACCUCUUAAGCUGAACAACAAGAACCUGGCGCAAAUUGCGACCGCGGGUGAAUCCCAAGUCAAGGUUCCUAACUACAAGCGCGGUGAUGCUGUCAAAGAGGGCAUUGUUCACAUUGGCGUCGGCGGCUUCCACCGAGCACAUUUGGCCGUCUACGUCGACCAGUUGAUGCAGAAACACGGUGUGAAUGACUACGCCAUCUGCGGUGUUGGCCUGCAGCCCUUCGAUGCCGGCAUGCGUGACGCUCUCGGUUCCCAAGACUAUCUCUACACUGUCAUUGAGCGAUCCGCCAAGGGCAGCUUCGCCAAUGUGGUUGGCAGCAUCAACUCCUACCUCUUUGCUCCCGAUAACCGCGAGGCGGUCAUUGCCAAGAUGGCUCACCCAGACACACACAUCGUCUCUCUCACCAUCACCGAGAGCGGCUACUACUACAACGAGAACACCCACGAGCUUCAGAGUGAAAAUCCCGAUAUUCAGCAUGAUCUGGACCCCGCCAACGACAAGUCUCCACGCACCACCUUCGGCUUCCUCUACGCGGCGCUGGUUCGCCGCCGUCAACAGGGCCUCAAGCCUUUCACCGUCAUGUCUUGUGACAACAUGUUGAAGAACGGCUCCAUCACCCGCCACAUGCUCGAGUCCUUUGCCGAGCUCCGUGACCCUGCUAUGGCCAAGUGGAUCUCUGAGGAGGGCGGCUUCCCCAAUGCCAUGGUGGACCGCAUCACACCCCAGACCGCCCCCUCCGAUAAAGCGGCACUUGCGGAGCACUUCGGCAUUGAGGACUCAUGGCCCGUUGUGACCGAGCCUUUCAUGCAAUGGGUUAUCGAGGACAAGUUCUCUGACGGCCGUCCUCCCUUCGAGAAGGUUGGUGUUCAGGUUGUCACGGACGUUCACGACGUUGAGCAAUUCGAGAAGCACAAGCUGCGUUUGCUCAACGGUAGCCACUCCGCCAUUGGCUACCCAGGCCAGCUGGCUGGCUUCAAGUAUGUCCACGAAGUGAUGGAAAAUGAGCUCUUCCGCAAGUUUGUGUGGCAAUACAUGCAGGAGGAAGUCAAGCCCCUUCUUCCCGAGAUCCCUGGUGUCAACAUCGACGAGUACUGCAAAACCCUCAUGGAGCGCUUCUCCAACCCCACCAUUAUGGACCAGCUUCCCCGCGUUGCCCUCAACGCCUCUGGCAAGAUUCCUCAGUUCAUCAUGCCUUCCAUCGCCGAGCAGAUCUGGGUGACCGGUCCCUUCCGUCGUCUGUGCUUCGUCGCCGCUGCAUGGUUCCACUACCUCAAUGGUGUCGACGAUAACGGCAACAAGUUUGAGAUCGAUGAUCCCAUGCGUGAGGAGCUCCAAGCCAAGGCUCGCGCUGGCGGCUCCAAGCCCCACGAGUUGCUCAGCAUCCGCAAUUUGUUCGGUGACGAUCUCCGCGCCGACAAGCGUUUCCUUGAUGAGAUCACCACCGCGAUGGAAGACAUCAAGCGCGACGGUAUCAUGAAGACUCUUCCCAAGUACAUUGAUUAA